AUGCUGUUUGGGUUUUGGGUGGUUGAAUUUGGGUCCGGUGGUUGUUUUGUUGGGCAGGGGACGCCGGUGAACAUCAUCGUCGGGUCGCGUGUCUGGGCGGAGGAUCCCGACGACGCCUGGAUCGACGGGGAGGUCGUGGAGAUCAGGGGCGGCGACGCCACCAUCGACACCACCAAUGGCAAGACGAUUGUGGCGAGCCUCGCAAGCAUAUACCCCAAAGACACGGAAGCGCCACCUGCAGGAGUGGACGACAUGACGAAGCUGGCUUACCUUCAUGAACCAGGAGUAUUGCAUAACCUUGCUUGUCGGUACGGCAUUAACGAGAUAUAUACAUACACCGGCAAUAUCUUGAUUGCAGUCAACCCUUUCCAAAGGCUGCCUCAUCUGUAUGAUGUGCACAUGAUGGAGCAGUACAAAGGUGCUGCAUUUGGUGAGCUCAGCCCCCAUCUGUUUGCGAUCGGAGAUGCUUGUUACAGGGCAAUGAUCAAUGAACAAGGGAGCCAAUCGAUAUUGGUGAGCGGUGAGAGUGGUGCUGGUAAGACAGAGACGACCAAGAUGCUCAUGAGGUAUCUUGCAUUCAUGGGAGGAAGGUCUGGAACAGAAGGCCGGACGGUUGAACAACAGGUUUUAGAGUCUAACCCAGUACUGGAAGCAUUUGGAAAUGCAAAGACAGUGAAGAACAACAACUCCAGUCGAUUCGGUAAGUUUGUUGAAAUCCAAUUUGAUAAAUAUGGAAAGAUAUCUGGGGCUGCUGUUCGUACGUACCUCCUUGAAAGAUCACGAGUAUGCCAGGUCUCUGAUCCUGAAAGGAACUACCAUUGCUUUUACAUGCUAUGUUCUGCACCACCGGAGGAUGUAAAAAAGUUUAAAGUGGGAGAUCCAAGAUCAUUUCAUUAUUUGAACCAAACAAACUGCUAUGAAGUAGCUAAUGUGGAUGAUGCAAGAGAGUAUGUAGAAACCAGAAAUGCUAUGGAUGUUGUUGGCAUUGGUCAAGAAGAACAGGAUGCAAUCUUUAGAGUAGUAGCAGCGAUCCUUCAUCUAGGAAACAUUGAUUUUUCCAAAGGGCAAGAAAUUGAUUCGUCAAAGUUGAGGGAUGAGAAAUCAGUCUAUCACCUGAAAACAGUAGCAGAACUUCUAAUGUGCGAUGAGAAGGCUCUUCAAGACUCACUGUGUGAACGCAUUAUUGUAACACCUGAUGGAAAUAUCACAAAGCCACUUGAUCCAGAUUCUGCCGCACUGAGUCGUGACGCCUUAGCAAAGACUGUGUAUUCACGGCUGUUUGACUGGAUUGUGGACAAGAUUAACAAUUCAAUCGGUCAAGAUCCAGAUGCAACCAAUAUAAUAGGAGUGCUUGAUAUAUAUGGAUUUGAGAGUUUCAAGAUUAACAGCUUCGAACAACUAUGUAUCAACUUAACAAAUGAGAAGUUGCAGCAGCACUUUAACCAGCAUGUAUUCAAGAUGGAGCAAGAAGACUACACAAGGGAGGAAAUAGACUGGAGCUAUGUGGAGUUUGUCGACAAUCAAGAUGUGCUGGAUCUAAUUGAGAAAAAACCUGGAGGAAUAAUUGCACUACUGGAUGAAGCAUGCAUGUUUCCGAAGUCCACGCAUGAAACAUUUGCCCAAAAGAUGUAUCAAACAUAUAAGGCACAUAAGCGCUUUAGCAAGCCCAAACUUGCUCGGACAGCCUUUACAAUCAACCACUAUGCAGGAGAUGUCACAUAUCAAGCCGAUCAGUUUCUUGACAAGAACAAAGACUAUGUGGUGGCUGAACAUCAGGCUCUACUUAAUUCCUCAAGUUGCCCUUUUGUUGCAAAUCUCUUUCCUCCAUUACCCGAGGAAACCUCUAAGCAGUCCAAAUUCUCUUCCAUCGGUACUCGCUUUAAGCAACAACUACAAUCUCUCAUGGAAACACUCAGUACGACAGAGCCACACUACAUUAGAUGUGUGAAGCCCAAUGCUGUACUUAAACCAGGAAUCUUUGAGAACUUCAAUGUCCUGAACCAAUUGAGAUGUGGGGGUGUUCUGGAAGCAAUCCGGAUAAGUUGUGCUGGCUAUCCAACAAAAAGGACAUUUGAUGAGUUCAUCGAUCGGUUUGGAAUGCUUGCAGCAGAGCUUGUUGAUAGUUCUGAUGAGAAGGUAGCCUGUGCAGCAAUAUGUGAUAAAAUGGGUUUGAAGGGAUAUCAGAUAGGAAAAACUAAGGUAUUCUUAAGAGCUGGUCAGAUGGCAGAGCUGGAUGCUCGAAGAGCAGAAGUAUUGGCCAAUGCUGCACGGAUUAUCCAGAGACGUAUAAAGACACAUCUUACUCGAAAGGAAUUCAUAAACUUAAGAAAAGCCUCGAUUCAAGCUCAGAAGUUUUGGAGGGCACGCCUAGCUAGAAUGUUGUUUGAACACUUGAGAAGAGAUGCUGCUUCAAUCAGGAUACAGAAGCAUGCACGUGCUCAUUCUGCCAGGAGAACUUAUCUUCAAGUGUAUGAGUCAGCCAUAGUAAUACAGACAGGACUACGCACAAUGGCAGCUUGCAAUGAACACAGAUUCCGAAGGGAGACCAAAGCUUCCAUUAUAAUCCAGACUCGAUGGCGCCAACACAAAGCUUAUGUUGAUUACAAAAAGCAAAAGGGAGCUUCUUUGAUUCUUCAGUGCUUAUGGAGAGCACGUGUUGCAAGAAAGGAACUUCGGAAGCUCAGAAUGGAAGCAAGAGAGACUGGCGCACUAAAAGAAGCAAAAGACAAACUGGAAAAAAGAGUUGAGGAACUCACAUGGCGAUUAGAUGUUGAGAAACACUUGAGGAUUGACCUUGAAGAAGCCAAGGGGCAAGAGAUUGCAAACUUGAAAUCCUUGUUGCAAGAAAUGCAAGAAAAGCUUGCAGAAGCACACGCAGCAAUACUGAAGGAGAAAGAAGAUGCAAAAUUAGCAAUUGAACAGGCACCUCCAAAGAUAGUAAAGGUGCCGGUGGUAGACAAUGCUAAAGUUGAGCUGCUGAAUAGUCAAAACAAAGAACUUGAGGAUGAACUUGUUACAUUUAGAACAAAGGCUGAAGAUCUUGAAAAGAGACUUCUUGAGGUUCAAAAUGAGUCUGAUCAAUUGUUGAGGGAAAUUCGAGAAAAGGACUCCAAAUUUAAUCAACUUCAAGAGAUGAUAGAAAGGCUUGAAACAAAUUUAUCCAGCUUGGAAUCCGAAAAUCAGGUCCUACGUCAACAGUCAUUGCUUGCAUCAGCAGAUGACGAUAUAUUGAAACAAAUAGAGAGUCUGGAAAGCAAGAUUGCCAUCUUGGAGUCAGAAAACCAACUUCUCCGCAGCAAUUCUUCUAGAGCUGUUCAAGCAGUAACCACUCCUGAAGUGAUUCAACCAUUAGCAGUGGAGGGGCUUGUGAGUGGGUGUCAGCUAGAAGAAAGUAAAAUCCUCAAUGAGGAUGUGGUUGUCCCUCCUAUAAAGAAUUUAAGCAAACAGAAGUCACUGACGGAUCGACAACAAGAAAAUCAUGAUGCCCUGAUCAAAAGUCUGGCUGAAGACAGGAGAUUUUACAACGGAAGACCAGCUGUUGCAUGCGUUGUGUACAAAUCACUCCUGCACUGGCACUCAUUUGAAGCAGAGAAGACUAACAUAUUUGACCGAAUCAUCCAUACAAUUAGGUCAUCGAUUGAGAACACUGAAAGUUCUACAGAACUGGCUUAUUGGCUGUCGACCACAUCAACUCUUCUCUACCUAUUACAAAAUACUCUUAAAGCUAGCAGUUCAGCAGUUAAAGGAUCAAAUCGCAGCCGAACCACAACAGGCAACCUAUUCAGUAGGAUGGUGCAGAAUGCUCGAUCAUCAUCAUUAGGAUCAGGCAUAUCAAGUGGAUAUAGUGGAAUGGUUGGAAGUCCUGACACCGCAUCAAUGGUAGAAGCGAAAUACCCAGCACUACGUUUCAAGCAACAAUUAACAGCAUACGUUGAGAAGAUAUAUGGAGUGAUCAGAGAUAACCUGAAGAGAGAAAUAAGUCCGUUCUUGAUUAUGUGCAUUCAGGCUCCAAGAGCUGUUCGUACGAGAUCAUCUCGUGGGUCAUUGAAGAGCGUACAUUCUAACAUAUUACCAAGGCAAACAUCAAGUGUGCAUUGGCAAAGCAUCGUUAAGUGCCUGAAUUGUACACUUGAAACAAUGAACAAUAAUUAUGUACCUCCGAUGAUAAUAAGGAAAACAUUCAAUCAAGUAUUUGCCUUUAUGAACGUCCAACUCUUCAAUAGUUUGCUACUCCGUCGAGAAUGCUGCUCCUUUAGCAAUGGGGAAUUUUUGAAGGCUGGUUUACAAGAAUUAGAGCAGUGGUGCUCUGUAAAAACUGAAGAGUAUGCAGGAACAUCUUGGGAUGAACUUCAGCACAUUAGGCAGGCAGUUGGAUUUCUGGUUUUGCAUCAGAAGGCACACAAAAACUUGGAGGAGAUCAGGAAUGAGCUUUGCCCCGUUUUGAGCAUCAACCAAAUAUAUCGCAUAGGAACAAUGUUCUGGGAUGACAAAUACGGCGCACAAGGUCUAUCUCAGGAGGUCAUUGGCAAUAUGAGAACAAUGGCCACUGAUGACUCAAUAACUACUCCAAACAGUUCGUUCUUGUUAGAUGACGACUCAAGCAUACCUAUAUCAUUGGAUGAUAUAGCACGGCUGAUGCUUGACAUAGACCUGUCUGACGUGGAACCAACACCGCUACUCCGGCAGAACUCUCAGUUUCACUUUCUACUGCAGCACCACUCCACACAGACUGAUGGCAUUGUUUGUUAACUGCAAAAUUGAAAACAUAAACAGGUUCAGCUAUUUUGUGAAGUCCCUUCGGUGAUUUUUUUUUAAGAAAAAUGAGAGUGUGCAGGCUUGCAUUUUUUUUAGCAAUUUCGGGUGGAUUAUUUUUACAGGAAAGAAAAGAUAAAAGAUUUUUACCAUUCUUUUCAUUUGUUCUGAUUGUUUGGAAGAUGAAAGAUUGUAUUUUUAAUGUAAAAGUGUACAGACGAAAGUAAAUAUAUGUAUAUUUUCCACAGCUAAACCCGAUGUAAAAUUCCUGAUGUGAUUGUUUCCUAUG